AUGUCGUGUUUCAGCAGCCUUUGGCUUCUCGUGACCAGCAGUCGUUUCUUGGUCAGCAUCCUCCAGGGAGCUGUGAGCCGAUUGGAGUCGGGUGAGGCCUUUGCAAACGAGUUGUUGGGCACCGACACCCGCAAGUGGCUCGAAGCCACUGAGGAGGUGGUUUCCAUGGCGCCGAUUUCAAAACACGCGGAAGAAGUGACGACAACCACAGCUGAUGAGCCUCCAGUGGAAGGAUCUAAGGCGGCCCCGCUGCUGAAGUCCGUGGACGAGGUGGCUGUUGCUGCUACCGAUGCUGCUGAGAAAGCUCGGCUUUGGAAGGACGCAGAGAUUGCGCAGUUGCAUGCGAAGCAGGCGGCUGAGGAGGCCAAAAAGAAGGUGGAAAAACUCACGGUCCAGGCUGCAAAAGAGGAAGCCGAAAAGGCCAUAGAAGAGGCUGCAGGUGGAGAGGCUGCGGAAGCUAAAGAAGAAGCUAGCAAGUUGGCUGCAAAAGCAGAUGCCGAAGUUGCUGACAAAGAGACUGAGGUUGCUAAGGCUAAGAAGAAGCUUGCAAGCCUCAAAAACGGCACGGCCGAGAAAGAUGCGGCAGAGAAGGAGCUGAAAGAGGCAGAAGACGCAGUGAAGAAAGCUACAGUGAAGGCUGAAGUCUUGGAAAAGAAGGCGGGCAACAUCAAAUUGGCCAAGCAGAAGGACUCGGACGACAAUGCCCUCUACUCUCAAGAAGGUGAAGCUGGGGAAUCAGGUCCAAUUGUGAUGGGCUCUGAGCCGAAAAGCGAUGGCGAGAAGGUCUUGGAGGACAAGUUGGACAUCCUGCAAACCAAACUGCAGGGCCUUGAACGGGUGCAGAUGAAGGACAAGCUGGAAGAUCAGCUGUCAGCUUCACUGACUGAAGUGGUUUCCUGGCCACGAUUGUGGGACCCAUUCCGCCCCCAAGGCACGGUGAGUUUUCCACAUAGCUCCAGGGUCCACGUGUCGCAAGCACCGCCGCAGGAUGUGGCAGAACCCAAGGGUGAAGCAACGGAGGGAGAGGAAAAGGAGAAGAAACCAAAGAAAAAGAGCAAAGGCUCCUGGAAUCGCGUCACUAUCUUUGACCCUUGGCAGAAUGCUGGCAGAAUGUUGGAUUUUCCGGAGUUUGGCAUCUGA